UUGCAUUUCCCAGAGUUAUUAUUUGCAGCUUACAGAUGUAUGUAAUGCAAUUUUGGUUGAAUAUAUUCUUGCCCUGGUAUAUCAAGCAUGUAGAAGUUAAGGACAUUGACUUAUUAAUGAUAUGGAUAAAGGGAAAAGUACAUGUCAGUCACUUUGGUUGGUCUGGAGCCAAAGUAGGCAAGGACAGCAGAUUUUCUUCCAUGAAGUACCUUUGCUGUGUGAUGGAUUUAUAUUGCAAUGAGGUUUUUUGCUAGUCAUUCAAAGACUAGCUUUUAAAAUUCAGAGGAGAGAAGGUCUGCAAGUGACAGUGUGAGGAUAACCAUCCAUUCUGUUUGCUGAAGCGGCUGACCUGAUGUAUCCGGAAUCGACCACAGACUCACCAGCUCGACUUUCCCUAAGGCACACAGGCUCACCGGGCAUGAUUUACAGUGCCCGAUACGGGAGUCCAAAACGGCAGUUGCAGUUUUACAGGAACCUUGGAAAAUCGGGUCUCAGGGUGUCCUGUCUUGGCCUAGGAACAUGGGUUACCUUCGGAGGGCAGAUCACUGAUGAGAUGGCAGAACAACUGAUGACACUGGCCUAUGAGAAUGGAAUAAACCUCUUUGACACAGCAGAGGUCUAUGCAGCUGGCAAGGCAGAAAUUGUAUUGGGGAACAUUAUCAAGAAGAAAGGAUGGAGACGUUCCAGCCUUGUCAUCACAACCAAAAUUUUCUGGGGUGGAAAGGCGGAGACUGAGAGAGGACUCUCCAGAAAGCACAUUAUAGAAGGACUGAAAGCUUCCCUUGAGCGGCUACAGUUAGAAUACGUGGAUGUGGUAUUUGCAAAUAGGCCAGACCCAAACACACCCAUGGAAGGGGAUCCAUUUAGUUCUUCAAAGUCAAGAACAUUCAUCAUUGAAGAAACGGUGAGAGCAAUGACACAUGUGAUUAACCAAGGAAUGGCCAUGUACUGGGGCACCUCACGAUGGAGUGCAAUGGAAAUCAUGGAGGCUUACUCAGUGGCUCGUCAAUUUAACCUCAUCCCCCCAAUAUGUGAACAAGCUGAAUAUCACCUCUUCCAAAGAGAGAAAGUUGAAGUGCAGCUUCCAGAACUCUUCCAUAAGAUCGGUGUUGGAGCAAUGACUUGGUCUCCUUUGGCAUGUGGCAUUAUUUCUGGAAAGUAUGAUGCAGGUGUUCCUCCCUACUCUAGAGCUUCCUUAAAGGGUUACCAAUGGUUGAAGGAUAAGAUUCUGACUGAAGAAGGCAGGCGACAGCAAGGAAAACUAAAAGAGCUACAGGGCAUUGCAGAGCGACUUAGUUGCACCCUCCCUCAGCUAGCAAUCGCCUGGUGUUUAAGAAAUGAGGGUGUUAGUUCUGUGCUAGUUGGAGCUUCUAACACUGAACAACUUUUGGAAAACAUUGGAGCAAUACAGGUUCUUCCAAAGUUAUCCUCAUCAAUUGUGCAUGAGAUCGAUAGUAUCCUGGGAAACAAGCCAUUCAGCAAAAAGGAUUAUCGAUCCUAAAAAGGAUGUUCAAUUAUUCUUGACUAUUAUCAUUUCAAAAGCAAUCUUCUUUGCCUGCUCAAGCUAUAACUGAAUUGAAUAUCAGUAUGCUUUUGAUGAAGGAAUUAGACUUCAAAUUCCUGAUGCUACAGAAAAGGAUCAAAAAGGAAAAAGUGAACCACAAACCAAUGCUGGCAAGGCACAGUUGGUUCAGUGGACUGCCUGUUACCUUUGCUAAUUUAAAAAAAAUGUUCUUUUCCUGGAAUUCCAAAAUGUCACAGAUUUGAUUAGUUUGCCGUGAUGCCAUAACUUUUCUGCAUUCAUUAUUUUAAAGAGCUACUGCUGGAUAUCGAGUUUGGUUGAACAAGAAAUAUAAUCUACGGCACUCUGCUGGAAACAGCCUUUAGCAGGUUUGACUGUAAUCUAACUGCUUCAUAGGAAACCAAAUCAACAAGGAUUGCCCAACCCCUGAAAUAAAUGUUGAGGGGUUCCAAAUCUGCACACUGCUGUAUAUGUUGUAUACUUCCAAUUGGCCUCUGGCUCAGUGACUUCUCAGAAGGCAUCUCUGAUACCUACAUCUAUUAAUUGUCGGAAAUGUUCAUUUGAAGAAAUAGAAUAAAUGAAUACUGUAACAUAAUCUUAUGGCACAAUAGAAUAUUGUGGCAACUGGCUAUGUAUAUAUACACAAUAAUAAUGUGAUCAUUAUUACAGAAUCAGAAUUUAGUUCUACUUGCCAACAACUUGUAGGACUAUAGAUUUAAAAAAUAAGCAGUGGCUCUUGACUGAACUAUGCAUGAUUCUAUUAUAAUCAGGAUCCGUGUGUAUGUAUAUGCUGCUGACUAUGUAAAUGCUAUCAAUCCAUGGGCUGUUUUGACAAAAUCAUACAAUAAAGAUAUUGGAUAGAUUGGGAA